UCUUUUCUCGUUUUGGUUAUUCUUAAUAUCUCUGUGCCUGUAUCGUCUUGAUUGACUAAGCUUUGGAUUCUUUGUUUUGGGGAACUAGAAGCAAAAUGUAGAAAAAAAAUUGCUUUGUUUUAUUUUCAGGAAAAGGUUCUUUCAAUUCCUCUCGAAAUUUUAUCGAGAAGCAAGUUGGAAACAUGAAAAAAAACGGUAGCUAAAAUCCCAUGGAAAUUAGCUUGAGAAUUACCCUUUCAUUUUUGAUUUGAGACAUUGAAGAAAUUAAUAGGCUAAUAGUUCUCUAAUCCCUCCUAUCUGAUGGGAAAUUUUGAAAUUCAAUGUUAUAGUUUCCGAAACUUAGAUUUAAUUUAACUUAAGAGAAACAAAAAUUGUUCUUCAAACUAGUUGCUGUACUGUAUUGAGUCUAUUGACUUUGUUACUAGAGUUGAUAAUGCUCCAGUUUUGGCUCGGCCACGUCUCAUCGACGACGGGAGGGGUCUGUCAGUGGGGGCUGCUUGGAAGCCUCAUAUUUUGGUUUGAAGAGUUGUACAAGUUUAAUUGUUUGCUGGGUUUCAAACUUUCAUGUUUCACCUGAUUUUAACCUAACAGAGCAGAACCUGUACGUUGUAGUUUGUUCUUUGAUUGUUUGUGCUUCACCUAAACCGACCUGAUUUCGUCUAAAAUCGUAAAUUUUUGUCACCAGUAGGGUCAAAAUGGUAAUUUGAAUUGCAGCUAGGGUAAAGGGCAGUUGUCAAAAAUGAGGCAAUUAAUGUGAUAGGGAAAACUCCAAAUUAAAAAACAAGGGGUUGAAGUGGAUCGGCUAAAAGGUCCUGCUAACAAAGGCUAAAGUUAAGGAAUACGUAAUUACUCUCUCAUGACUCAUGAGUGGAAUUGUUUAUUUUUUAAACUUUUCCCUAAUGGACUUUUACCUUUUUGUAGUUUUACUUCAUAUCUAGAUGUCAUUUUCAAUGGAAAUAUCAAGGCCUAAAUGUUUACAUAUGUUCAGUUCUUUAUGCUUUUUUUUUUUGUGCUCAAUAGUUCUUUAUACUUUUAUACUUUAGCAAAGGAUUUUGGGAAAAGAAAAUGAAGGAUUCAACAGCACUGUUGAAGUGUUGGACUUAAAGCAUCUUAAGUGGAAACUAAACUCUCAAAGCAUGUUUUCAGGCCCGAACAAAAAGGGCUAAUUCAUCUUAGGAAGAGACAUGGAACUGAAGAAGUUCAAAUAGAACCUGAGAAAGGUCAAGAGUGUCCUAGUGGUUAAUCUGAGUUUCUAGAACAGAUCCAUGGCCUGCAAGCAAUAUUAUGCUCAGGAAUGGAAGACCGUACCCAGCGCUUCGACAUCUGAGAAUUUAAAUGGUAGUUUUGAUUGCAACAUUUGCUUAGACUUUGCACACGAGCCGAUUGUCACUCUCUGCGGCCACCUCUACUGCUGGCCCUGCAUCUAUAAGUGGCUUCAUGUCCAGAGUGCCUCCCUUGCUGCAGAUGAGCACCCACAAUGCCCAGUUUGCAAAGCUGAUAUAUCCCAUACCACCAUGGUGCCGCUUUAUGGUCGGGGCCAAUCUGAAUCUGAGCUUCAAGGCAAGGCGCUUUAUAGGGGUAUGGUGAUACCCCCUAGACCACCAGCCUGUGGUACCCAAGCACUUUUAUCAACUACAUCCCCGAAUGGUCAGCAGCUUCCUUAUCGUAAUCCUUAUCAAAAUCAAAAUUACAACCCCCAUGCUUACUAUGAAGAAGAUUCGUCCUCACCAUUGCUUAACCUCGGAGGCACCACAGUGACCGGAUUUCAUCAUCCAGUGGUUGGGAUGUUCGGAGAGAUGGUAUAUGCAAGGGUGUUUGGAAACUCGGAAAGUUUACACCCUUAUCCAAACUCAUAUUACCUAACGGGGAGUGGUAGCCCCAGGUUGAGAAGGCAUGAGAUGCAAGCUGACAGGUCGCUAAAUAGACUUUCGAUUUUCCUCUUCUGUUGUUUUCUUUUGUGCCUCAUCGUAUUUUGAGCUUCGUAUAUUUACCCCCGUCAUUUUUGUAUACUUUUGUAAAAAGAAUCACAAUGUGAACUUAUGGUAUAGUUAGAUGAGAUCAUAUUAUAUGAUAAUUAAGCGAAUCAAUGCUUGCCCUAUCAAAUUAUUGCCUUAUGGA